AUGUCGCAAGCACGUCUGCCACCACCACCUCCACCGCAAUGGGUUGUUUCGUUGAACUCCCCGAUGCCGCGCCCCUCAAAGGCUGCAUCCAGCAUCCCGGACCCGCCAGGCUUCUCAAGUAGUCGGGGAGGCAAGCAGCGCCAGCAACAGCAGCAGCAAGCCAGCACCAAGAAAAUCGAAGAUACCGACGCGCUCAAGAUGAAGAAAGCAUGGGAGAUCGCUAUCGCCCCCUCAAAGCAGAUCCCAAUGAACGCCAUCAUGAUGUACAUGUCUGGCAACAGUCUUCAGAUCUUCAGUAUUAUGAUGGUUCUCAUGCUGUUCAAGGGUCCCAUCCAGGGCAUCAUCAAUACCAAUGCGGCGUUCGCCAAAUACGAAACUCCCUCGACACAUUCGCGCCUUCUUGGAGUCAAGGUGGUCUACAUGGCAAUGCAGCUGGUAUUACUAGGACUUGGUAUCUGGAAGGUUAAUGCGAUGGGUCUAUUGCCAACUACGAGAUCGGAUUGGCUCGCGUGGGAGUCGGAACGGCAGCCACUGGAGAGUGCUCAUUUUGCUUUCAGGUGA